AUGUCGGCCGCUGAACAUGCCACAACCGUGGCGAUCCAACACUCGGCGUACAGACUCUGGCUGGCUUUCGAACUUCCCAACUACGCCAACGAUCUCACUCCUGGGCCCCUACUGACGGUGGCUCUCGCUCUCUUCGGCCCAGGGUCCCUCCCAGACCGUCUCAUGCGUGCUCUGAAUCUGUACACUAAUCUACCGUUGUUUGCAAGACCGCGUCUGUGUGUUGAUAGGGUCCCAUUUGGCGGGCUUAUUCCCUCGGUAUAUGGUCUCAUCUUCAGCAAUUUAUAUACCAGCCAGCUCCUCUCUCGGACCAAUCGAUGCAUCACGGACGAUAACAAGGCGAAUAGUAUGGAUAUCAUGGUCAGCUGGCCUGCGAACUUUAAUGCACAACCAGAGGUUAUACAGAAUGUAUUCGCGGCUGCGGCGUUUCUAGCGAGCCAGGCCUGGAUGCUGGACAACCGGGAGGGAGACCUCCAAUUUAUACGCUUGGAUCCUGGUACAACGCUCCACUCGCAGUGUUUUGGAUCAAUCAUGUACUGUCGGACAGGCAUGGAAUAUAAGAAUAUAGAGUAA